UCGGUCAAAUGUUCAAAUGUAAACACGAAGGCUUUGCGCGGGAGCCGAGGAGCGCGGUCUGUCAUGUCGCGUUGCUUUACAUCACCUCUAGUUCAUUAUCUUUGAAAUUACCCCGUGCCCAGGGUGAAUAUUAUCUCCAAGACUCGCAUGAAACGCCGACAACAAGAUGGCAGACUUUGACUUCGUUAUACCACUGAGCCUUCGGACAUUAGAGGAUCCUUCUUCUAAUAAGCAGUAUGUUGUUACCAGUGUGCUCACUGCUUGGGAAGUUGCAAGUAAAAUGAAAGAGGUUCAGGGAUUGCUGCGGCAGGAUGGACCAGAAUUUAUUCUCCAAGGAAAAGUGUUUGAUACACUAUAUAGUGUCAUUGUGAACUUUGCUUCACUAGAUGGAGAAGUUCAGCGACAGUCUUGGGAGUUAAUGAUGAAAGCAAUGGAAAAAUUAGUAUCAAAUUUGGGUCGCAUUAUUGAUGGUGACUUGAAUGGAAGUAUGAAGCACAAAUGGGUCAAUGUAGUGAAGAUGAACUCAUUUAUUGCUUGCAAACUGACUGAGGCAUUGGAAACCAAAUUCAACAAGGCAUCUGCAGACAUCAUUGUAACUGGAAGGGGAAGAAAAAAGACUGUCCAGGGAGAUGACCAGGGCCGCUGCUGGGAGGAGGAUCGGAAUGGUAUGUUGGUCCACCUUUAUUCCCUCCUGCAGUAUCCUUUGCAACGCCUGUGGAACCCACCUGUUGUAGAGGACGACUUUGUCAUAUUAAUUGGUGAUUGCUGCUACAAGAUGCUGGAGUCCCCAAACAUGGGCUUGGUUCGGACCAAGGAUACCCGCACAUCCCUCUUCCAGAUCAUUGGCACACUUGUUAAGAAGUUCAGUCAUGGCUUAGGAUGCUCACUUAAGCUUAUGCAGCUCCUUCGGCUACAUGAACACAUGGUGACCGCAGCAUCUCAUGGAGUGAUCAUGCUCAUUCAGACAUUUGGAGACAAGUUUGUGCUGACAGAAAUUAUCAAAGAAAUUUCAAGAAUGGGCAGAAACAACACUGGCAAGGACACAUCAGCAUCUGGAAUCCGCAACUUUACCCAAUUUCUUACAGAAGUUUCGAGUAGUUGUCCCCAAAUGAUUGUGCCUUCCCUGAGCCUGCUUACAAGUUUCUUAGAUGAAGAGGUGUAUUCUCUACGGAAUUGUGUGCUGUCCAUUAUGGGCUCUGUGGUGCUGAACAUUUUGAGUGGAGACAACCUUGACUCAAAAAGCAAAGGCUUGAGGGACCAGUGUUUGGAGCACCUUGAAGAUCAUAUACAUGAUGUUCAUGCCUUUGUUCGGAGCAAAGUUCUUCAAAUAUGGAAUGAUCUUAUACGGGAGAAGGCUGUGCCACUGUCCCGACAGCACCAUGUACUGAAACUUGUGUUGGGACGGCUGUGGGAUAAAUCAUCCCUUGUAAGGAAGAAUGCCAUGCAGUUAAUGACGGCGUUUGUAAACAGUAAUCCUUUUGCAGCCAAGUUGCCCUUAGAGGAGCUUGAAUCUCAGUGUGUUCUGGAGCUGAAGAAACUGGAAGAACUGUCCCCAGGCAUCAAUGUUGACUCUUUGGGCACAGAAGAUGAUCUUGUUGAUGAGAACAGCACACCACGUGGAGUAUGGAUUGGCAUGUUACCUAAUGUUAUUAAAGCUGUUCAGAAUGUACUAGAAGAAGGUGAUAUGGAAUGUGAAGAUGAUGAGGACAGCCUUGAAGAUGAUGCUAGUCUUGACACUGUUUUAAAGGACAUAGCUGAUGCUCUGCUCUCCAAGAAAAUUGAGCGGUCAGUCAGAUUGCUAGAGUCUGCAUUAGAAAAGUUUUGUGGAGCUGAAGUAUUGUGCUACAAUCCAGAAGAACACUCUUCAAAGCAAUAUGAAGAUUUAGCUGAAGAGGAACUAUCACAGACACAGAUUCAUCAUCUGGUGGUUCUUGAGAGGAUAUUCCUGUCGGCUAAGGAAAUUGAGAAAGAUGUAUUAUCACCAGAAGGAAAAGAUGAAGAGACCAACAGUAAUGUUAUACAAAAUGAAGAGAAGGGUGAAAUAAAUAAACAAAAAACACUUGUUGCAUAUUUAAAGGAUUCUGUGAAGUUUGCUAAGCUGAUCCAACAAGCACUGCCUAUAAUGUGUCAGCUUCUUGGCAGCAGGCAUACUUCUGAUGUUAUGGAAGCCAUAUCCUUUUUUGUGACAGCAUUUGAAUUUGGGGUCCUUGACGCCAUGAAAGGUGUUCGAAAAAUGCUCAUGUUGGUGUGGAGCAAGGAGCAGGAGGUGAAGGCAGCUGUGGUAGAGGCCUACCGACGCUUGUACAUGAACACUGAUAUCCACAAUGAAAGAACACAGGCUCUCCAGAUAGUGGAAAAUCUGUCGUCGCUUAUUCUUGGAGCCACUAUGGGAGAACGUACCUCACUUGAAGAAAUUGUCUCCCAGUUUGUCUCCUCAGGAGACAUCACAAAGCAGUGCAUAACACUGUUGUGGGAGCGCUUCACCAAGACUCUUCCAGAUACAACUGAUGAGGAGGCCCACACAGCCUUGAUUCUCCUCACCAUGUGUGCCAAUGCUGAACAGAGUAUCAUUUCAAGCAACUUAGAUGUGCUGACCACCUCAGGCUUAGGUGAGCGAGGGGAGCAAGACUUUGCUCUCGUGAAAGAAACUUGCCAUGCAUUGCUGAAAGUAGCUGUCCUGAAACCCAAGACAGAUGCACCCACAGCACCAAACAGGUUGGACCGUGAUCAUACAAUUUUCCAGCGACUGAGCAGCAUACUUAUCCAGGGCUUAACAAAUCUCAAGGAUCGCCAGUAUUCACCCAUGGCAGUGAAAGCUGUAUCUGCUAUUUAUGCAACUGCAGAACACCCUGAUUUGAUAUGUGGGGAAAUAAUUCAGAAAAUGGUCAAAUCCUUGGGAAUUUGCCAGGAUUUAAAAGAGAAAUCACCAACUGAUAGUGAUGCAAAGGAGAGCACCAGUCAAGUGUCAGCUGCAGUGCUGACUCGGUUCUGUGUCGUGCUGGGUCAUGUGGCCUUGUGCCAGCUGGUCCAUCUUGACAUUUAUGUUUUCUCAGAACUGAAGAGAAGAAACAACCUCAGGGAUGAAAUGGAAAUAGAGAAAACAAGAAAAAAGAAAUCAAAACACACAAAAAAGUCCCUCCCAUCUUCAGCUAGUGACACAGCCAAGGGAUCACAAGAGACAGAUCCAGAUGAAGAAAUGGGAUUAGUUGGUGCCGUUGCUGAUGACACAGAGGCAGAAUAUAUCCGCUUUGUUUGUGAAACUGAGAUACUCAAUGAUGAUAAUCUUCUUGGAAUGAUAAAGCCAUUGGUUUGGACAUUAUGCACAAAUCCAGAUAAGUACAAUAACACAGACCUCCAGGCAGCGAGUUCCUUGGCUCUAGCUAAGUACAUGAUGGUGUCUUCUACUGUAUGUGAAGAUAAUUUAAGGCUCUUGUUCACCAUUUUGGAGAAGUCUAAAGAGGCAGUUGUACGAGCCAACCUUGUCAUCGCUCUUGGUGACCUCUACUUUAGAUUUCCCAAUCAGCUUGAGCCUUGGACACCUCGUUUCUAUGCCAGGCUGCGUGACUCCUCCUCAAUGGUUCGACAGAACACAUUAACUAUUUUAACACAUCUUGUACUUAAUGAUAUGGUCAAGGUGAAAAGACACAUCUCUGACAUAGCUUUCUGUAUUUGUGAUGAAGAUCCCCACAUCUCAGGUCUGGCAAAUCUCUUUUUCCAUGAACUUGCAAGAAAAGGCAAUACUCUGUAUAAUGUCUUGCCAGACAUGAUUUCUCGUCUUUCGGACCCUGAAGUCGGAGUUGAUGAACAGUCAUUCAGAAAAAUUAUUGGAGAAGUACUCAAUUUGAUUCAAAAAGACAAACACUGGGAAAACUUAGUGGAGAAGCUUUGUCAUAGAUUCCAAGCCACUGUUAGUGUACGUCAGUGGAGGGACAUUUCUUACUGUCUUGCUCAGCUGCAAUUCAAUGAGAAAAGUAUCAGAAAGCUAAAUGAAAACUUUACUUGUUAUGCAGACAAGUUGCAUGAACCAGAGGUUUAUGAACUAUUUAUGGAAAUCAUAUCAAAUGCUCAAAAAACUGUAAAGCCAGAAGUCAAGUCACUUGUGGAAGAAAUUGAAAAACGGAUUGUGGAGAGUCAUGAGAAAGGUGUGGAGGAUGAAAAUACUGCCAAGAAGGCUGUGCAGUCAAAGUUGAAGGUGACAAAUAACAAUGCAGCAAGGAAAACAUCUAGAAACACCGGAAAAAAGAAUAAUUCAAGUUCCAGUGAGUUUGAAAGUGAUGAUGAAGAUACUCGUCAACAGUUACAUCCUGUUCACAGGAGUAAUAAGGAAAAUCUGAGGCGAUCAACCAGACCAUCAGUUGCUUCUACAAAGAAACAACAACAGAAAAGUGAUAGUUCUGAGGAAGAAGAGAAAGAUUCUUCAAGUAGUGCCAGUGAGGCAGAGUUGAGUAACAAAGCUACACCACGCAACCCUUUGAUUGUGAGCAAUUCUCAGCCUUCAAGAAAGUCCCGAAGAAAUCAUAAUCAGAAGUAUAUAUCAGCAGGCAAGAAUAAAGUCUAACUGCAGGUAUAUAGACUACAGUAAUUCAUGAUAAAAUAAUGGUGAUUAUUCUCUGUGCUCAGUUUAAGACUGUACAGGUAGUUCUUGAGUUUCGACGUAUGCAACUUAUAACCGCUUGCACUUAUGACCAGGCCACUGAUAUUAGUAAUAUUUGGCUAAGUAAUGUGUUGACAUUUCAAAUAUUCCACCAAGGGUAGAGCAGCAGCAGCUCCCACUCCUCACCCCCCCCACCCCCACUCCACUGCCGUCCUCACGUGCUGGCCCCACCACAGCCAGACUGGGUUAAGGCAGGAGGGAAGGGUGGGUUGGCUUGGCUUGGCUAGCCCACCCACCCUUCCCCUUCAUUUACCUUUGGAACUCAAGCUGCAAGUACUACUCACAGUCGUGCUGUUAGCUGCUACUACCCGUUUAUAGGCCUACAGUCAUAUACAGGCUUUCCUGCUUGAUCUAGCAGACACCAGCUGUCUAGCAUCAUGGGAUUUCACAACAACAGUCCCCUCACAGUAUUCCUGGAGCAGCUUCUGCAGGCAACCAUUUAGAAACAGCAAACAUAGUUGAAUGAAACAUUCACCCCCUCCCCCCAAUGCUGACAGAACCCUCCGGGAAACGACCUGGUGGUGGAGAUCAAGACCAAGACCAAGUCUAACACCACUAACAAAACUUGGUUGCUUAAUCGCACAACAUUGGAUAACAUUCUGUGGUUAAAGAGUCAACCAAAUGCAGGGCUAGGGCGAGGUGACCUCUGAGUACAGAGGUGGAUCAGGGGUGAGGGUUGGAGGCGCAGGAACACUGGUCUAUCCUUGGCAGGACAUUUGAAUAAUUUAUUAUUAUUUUCAAGGUAAAUUUCGACUUGUGACCAAUUCUACUUACAACCAGCCCGUCAGUCCCGGACCCCACUGUAACUCAAUGACAAAGACCACCUGUAUUAAUUCAAAAUCUAAAUUGUUCCAUAGGGUAUUUGGAUUUAGCUCUGAUUGACAAUAUCAAUUUAACUAAAUUGUUUCUCAUCACAGACACUUGUUUUCUCUUUCCGAGGAAAAUUACAUAAGCGUAGGAAGUUAAUUUUAAAAGCUAUUUUAUGUCAUUUCCUUUUUGCUUGAAUGUAUAAUCUCUUUUAGUGUAAGAAAUUUUCAACCUAUGAAAUAUAAGUACAUAUAAAAAAAAUAUUUUCAUAUAGAUUCUUAGUUUACACUGCAUGGGUAAUACAGUCUCCCCUACUUACAAACAGGUUUGGUUUCAAGCACUCAUUCAUAAGUGCAACAUAUAUACAUUAAACCCUCUCUUUAAUGGACCAAUUGAGGGGAGGGGUGACAUAUCUGAGGGAUCUGAACUUCAUGCAUAUAGUGACCUUUGUUCAUUAUAUGCUAUUUCUGACCAUUUUUAUAUAAAAUGAAGUUGCUGAAUCCAUUGUGGAGGCAACAUGACCAUCACCACCCCCAACAACAAGAUAGAAAAUUUGACAGAGUGGAAGGAGAUGGAGAUCAAGGGCAUAAAAAGGAAAAUUGAAAGCAUCGGACAGGACAAAUGGCAGGAGGGAAUAAAUGGAAAAUCAACAUUUUUAAUGUUUCAGGGGGAAGCAAAAACCAGAGGGAAUGACAUGGCAUGUAGGAGACUACGGGAGCAAGCUUAUGUUUAAAGCAAGAACAAGAACCAUAGAUGUAAAUGGGAGGAACAGGGAUGAAGAUAACCAUAGCUGUAUUUGCAGGACAGGAGAGAAAGAAACAGUAGAGGAGUUGAUUGUAGGAUGCAGCAACUAUGAGACAGAGAGGAGAGCUUCAUUAGUGACCAAUAGGCAAAGAGGAGUGGGAUAGGAGACUUCAGGAGGACAAUGGGGUUAUACUCUGUCUAUUUUUAGCUUGCAACUGGAUCCUAGGCUGCUUUUGUAAGCUCAUCGCUGAUUGGACAGUGGCCUGAGGCAGCCUUCCCCCACACAUCAUAGAAACAGACCUCGCCACAGUACGUUUUACUUUUAUUCUUCGUAGCCGUCUCAUGUCGCGUAAUACAUACUUGAUUUCUUCAUCACUGGACAGAAGAAAGAGUGCAGAUUACACCUGUGUUAAAAACACAUUAAAUUGAUUAAAAAUAAAGGAAAUAAUGCGAGUUGAAGACAAAGACGGGAUUAUAAAUGUUUAUGCCACAUGUUAUUCCAUUCCGAUUUUUUCAUUGAAUUAUUAAGCUACUGUACAAACAAACAGUGCCAUCUGAUAAAGAAAAUUCUCCUGAAGAUGAUAGUGUCAACAGAUUAUCAGUAAGUUAGAAAGAAAGGGAGGUAACCAAGCUAUUAUACAAAGCUGUAGGAGAUGGACGAGUGGCUUUGUACUGUAAAAGCACAGGUAGCUUAAUCAUACAAUUUAUUAAGUUCGUAAAAAAACUUGCUUACCUCCCUUUCUUUCUAACUUACCGAUAAUCUGUUGACACUAUCAUCUUCAGGAGAAUUUUCUUGAUCAGAUGGCAUUGUAUGUUUGUACAGUAGCUUAAUAAUUCUAUGAAAAAAUUGACAUGGAAUAACACGCGGCAUAAACAUUUAUAAUCCCGCCUUUGUCUUCAACUCGCAUUAUUUCCUUUAUUAUUAGUCAGUUUUAGUUGUUUUUAACCCUUUUCUUGCCAUCUAAUUUAAAAUUAAUGAACACCUCAGUGCGGGGCAUUUUCGAAGAAAAAAAAGUCCUUCAAUAAAUAAAACUUUGCUUCCUGAACACAAAUAUAUAAAUAUUGUAAUGCUACAACAUUUCUUACCUAAUAUAUCAGCAUCUUGCAGAGUAAGCUUUUUGCAAUACUGCGCUGCCUGACGAAAGAUGCUAAUGACAGAUAUGCUAGAUGCUUCGGGUAUAAUAGGUAGCGCACUUAUCUUUUCACUAACACUAACAUGUUGUACAUCCCUACUUGACAUUACAAGGGCUACUGACUACAAUUCAAAAAAAUAUGAUUUAUGUUUGGAAACACUGCAGCAGAUGCCACAUAUUGAUUUCCACUUAAUUUCAGUGCGAAAGAAUUGGCGCGCUACUUUGAAAUUAUCCUGGCCCAUAUGUGGGACACUUGUAGGCAACAGCACCAAAGUCUGUGUCUCAUAUAUGGGACACUCGCAGAGAAAGGGUUAACACAGUCGUAAUCUGCACUCUUUCUCCUGUUCAGUGAUGAAAAGACCAAAAGACCAAGUAUUUAUUACACGACAUGAGUGGGCUACGAAGCAUAAAAGUAAAACUUGUACUGGGGUGAGGUCUGUUUCUGUGAUGUGUGGGGGAAGGCUGCCUCAGGCUACUGUCCAUUCAGUGACGAGCUUACAAAAGCAGCCUAGGAUUCAGUUGCAAGCUAAAAAUAGACAGUAUAGCUGCACAGUGUUUGGAGUGUAUGUGACAAAAAGGCAACAGAAAGGAUUGUAAAAAAACAAAAGUGUUCCUAAGUGCAGGGAAAAAAGGGCACAAUUUUUUUAAUAAAUCCAAGGAAAAGGGUAGAAAUUUCUGUGUUAUUCAAGCAAGAAAAGAAAUAAAGUAUGAAAAUUAUAGUGGUAUAGUGUAUGAUAGUGAGGAAAGAUAAAUAGUGUAAUGCCAUUGAAAAGCAAAGUGUGCCAAUAAGCAGAAGAGGAGGGCCUACAAAGCAAAACUGGUCAAAAGAAGAGGAAGUCCUAAUAUGUGUUGCAGACACAGACUUGGCUAGGCAUUUGUCUGUCAAUUGUCAGACUUAGCAGAUUUUUUACCUGGAUUUUACUUCAGUCCCUGGACUUGACCCUGGAUUUUGUCCAGGAAAUCUGAUAUCUGGAAAAUCAAGGGUUGAGUGUAUUUUCCAGAAAAUCUCCAACAAAAUUAUAUUUUCCCACAGGUUCUUUUGUUUGCCCAACACAAUACGAUAGCUGACUGAAUUCCCACAUUUAAUGUGAGGCCACUGUAUAUAGAUUUAUAUCAUAUACAAAUAUAUAUCUUAAAUUAUAAUUACUGGCAUCAUAGCUGUGGCAACAUAUGUUUCAAGGACCAAUGGUUGGACAUAAACUGUAGUAUAUACCCAGUUGUUGAAUGUGGAGGUGCUUUUUCCAUAUCAUCUCGUAGCUUCUCUGCACAAGAAAUACAUAAUAUCUAAUAAAUUACAUUUCACUUAAAACACAUCUCAUGGCCAAAUUCUAUCUGAGCAUGUAAAAAAAA